UCUCCCUUAUGGGUACUUACCUAAUGGAACUUAGAACCUUUUUUCCUGUACAGGAGGCAAUAUAAUACAGAGAAUGAGGGCAACAAACUUUGCAAGAAGAUAUACUGAGGUUUGAUUCCCAGCUCCAAUGUUUACUUGUUACUACCUUGAGAAAUUUAUUUAACCUUUCUCCAUUUCAUGUAAAAUGUCACUAAUAACAGUACUGCUUCAGGAGGUUGUUUUGAGGAUUAAAUGAGAUAAAAUACAUAAAACAAUUUCCUAGCACACUGUGUGUACAUAGUGAACAAAUGGCAGCUAUUAUUAUACCUUAUAUUUUUUACGCUCAUUUCUCCUUCUGUUACACUUUUUAUGACAGGGAAGCAAUACAUAGCACACAUUAGCCUCUUCACAUAUAAUAGUUGCUGAUAAAAACUAGUUGAAUGAUUUUAAAUAUAAACAUAAAGUAUUGUGGUUAUUGUCAUAAAAGAUGGCAUAAUUAUUAUAAUGGCAAUAGUAUAAAAUGCACUGCUAAUCAGGAAUACAUUACUUAAACAGUGUCUCUAUUUACCUUUAUCAUUUAACAGUUAAGAUAAUUAGUGCUGUAGAGUAACAUUACUUGAGCUAAUUAGUAAUAACAAUUAGAUGUUCCAUAUUACAUUUGCGAGGGUUCCAGGGCUGCUUCUGUUAAAGCCAAAACUAAAACAAAUAAAAAUACCACCCCAGAAACAAAAACACUCCUUUUCUGAAGAGAUGCUAAGCCUUUCCAAUUUUAACAGAUCCUUUGUUCAGCAGUGGAGAAACUGGGGAAGGAACAGCUGCCCCAGCAGCUUCCGUACAACAUGGCGUCACCCAUUUGUAUACCCCAGCUGGGUUUACGUCCUCCUAGCCGGCCGCAGGACCGGAAGUGGUUUCGGUCCUAGUGGAUCCGGGUAGGUGCACGCAGGUGGCCGAGGAGGGUUCCAAUUCUUCAGCGUGAAGUGCCGCAGGUGUUCGGGUUAGGUCCGGGGUCGCAGAUUGUGGGAUUAGUGAUAUGCUUUCCUAAACAGAAAAAGUUGAAGAUGUCUAGAUACUUAAUGGCUUUGACAGUGACCACCCUCAUCGGUGUGGCCGUGGGGGGGUUUGUCCUGUGGAAAGGCAUCCGGCGGCGGAGGAGUAAAGACAGCCCGGACAGCGGGCAGCGACGGCAGCAUCCACAGCAUCAAACACCGGGCAGGAGGGAGCUGCCCGCUCCAGAAGAGGUCCGGCUGUGCUCCAGGGCCCCCGGAGCCUCAUGGGAGGAGAGGAUCCUCGGCGCAAAGGUGGUGACUGUGUCUCAGGAGGCCGAGUGGGACCACAUUGAGCCCUUGCUUAGGAGUGAGUUAGAAGAUUUUCCAGUACUUGGAAUCGACUGUGAGUGGGUGAAUUCGGAAGGCAAAGCCAGUCCUCUGUCACUCCUUCAAAUGGCCUCCCCAAGUGGCUUCUGUGUCUUAGUUCGCUUGCCCAAGCUGAUCUGUGGAGGAAAAACACUACCAAAAACUUUGUUGGACAUUUUGGCAGAUGGCACUGUUUUAAAAGUUGGAGUAGGAUGUUCAGAAGAUGCCAGCAAGCUUCUGCAGGACUACGGCCUCGUGGUUAAGGGGUGCCUGGACCUCCGGUACCUAGCCAUGAGGCAGAGGAAUUCAACUCUAGAUGAAAACGAUGACCACGUGGGCUGGAGAAAAGCCUUGGAAAAUUGCCAGGAUGUGGUAGACAUCCCAUUCCGAAGCAAAGGACUCAGCCGACUGGAGGAAGAGGUUAAUGGGGAAGCAGCAGAAGCUCAGCAGAAGCCAAGAAAUAAGAAGUCUAAGACAGAUGGAAUGAUGGCAGGCAACCACCAAGGGAGAGAUCCCAGAAAGCAUAAAAGAAAGCCCCUGGGGGUGGGCUAUUCCGCCAGAAAAUCACCCCUCUAUGAUAACUGCUUCCUCCAUGCUCCUGAUGGACAGCCCCUCUGCACUUGUGACCGAAGGAAAGCUCAGUGGUACCUGGACAAAGGCAUUGGAGAGCUGGUGAGUGAGGAGCCUUUUGUGGUCAAGCUACAGUUUGAACCUGCAGGAAGACCCGAAUCUCCAGGAGACUAUUACUUGAUGGUUAAAGAGAACCUGUGUGUAGUCUGUGGCAAGAAAGACUCGUACAUUCGGAAGAACGUGAUUCCGCAUGAGUACCGGAAGCACUUCCCCAUUGAGAUGAAGGACCACAACUCGCACGAUGUGCUUCUGCUCUGCACCUCCUGCCACGCCAUCUCUAACUACUAUGACAACCACCUGAAGCAGCAGCUGGCCAGAGAGUUCCAGGCCCCUAUUGGCUCCGAGGAGGGUCUGCGCCUGCUGGAAGACCCUGAGCGCCGGCAGGUACGCUCUGGGGCCAGGGCCCUGCUCAACGCGGAGAGCCUGCCUGCUCAUCGAAAGGAGGAGCUGCUGCAAGCACUCAGAGAGUUUUAUAACACAGACACAGUCACGGAUGAGAUGCUUCAAGAGGCUGCCAGCCUGGAGACAAGGAUUUCCAACGAAAACUACGUCCCUCACGGGCUGAGGGUGGUGCGGUGCCACAGCCGGGGCGGGCUGCGCUCCCUCAUGCAGCUGGAGAGCCGCUGGCGUCAGCACUUCCUGGACUCCAUGCAGCCCAGGCACCUGCCCCAGCAGUGGUCCGUGGACCACAACCAUCAGAAGCUGCUCCGGAGAUAUGGGGAAGACCUUCCCGUCAAGCUGUCGUGACAGCCGCUCUCCUCCCAGGUGAGGACGGCCAGGAACCUGAGCCAAGGUGGGAAAGUCACCUCUUCCUGUGCCAUUAAUUGUCAGAGCCUAGUGUCACAACUUGGAAUGCUAACCCACGCCGAUCCCAGGAUGCUUCUGGUGGAGCCAGGCUGUUACUUCAAGGGGAGCAUGUGGUUGUGGAUUUUAGUUGGGCAGGGUGAGAAUUCUUUUUGCCUCCCUCUUAUUUUAUUUUCGUGGACAAAAGGGCCUUGGCCAUUAUUUUACUUUCCUUCUUUUGCUUUCCCUGUGCAGACAGGAAAUGAAGGAUUCUCCCCUGAGGUGACUUGUCAAGAUGCUCAGGUUUUUAAUACAUUUCUUCCCUGCCUAGUAUGUUGGUUUUUCUCAAACAGAGGCAGCCAAGUAUUUUAAUCCCAUUGGGUUAGGAUGGGAGAAAACGUUCUUGUGGAGGUUGGAGAGGUGAACGAGGAGUCAGAUUCAUUUUCCCAGUUCACGCUCAUAAUUAUAAAUUCCUUGGCUUCAUGCUCUCCCACAACUCACCUGGUUGAGAUCCAUCCCAUCUAGGUCACUUCAGUUUAUUUCCAUACUUGAGAAUGUCCCCCUUUACACGUCUAGGACCAAAGCAGCGACUUCCUGCCAUAUGCUUCCACCCUAACACUGGAGGAAAUCCUUUUCUGGAAAUAGGCCUUCUAACUGGGUGGGGCUGAGAGAAGUACAAGCACCAUCUCUCAAGAGAACUUCGCAAUCCUCCUGUCCAGAAGUGCAAGGUUUUUAGCUGAAUCCCUUGCUGAGAGGAAGUUCUCUUCUUUCAGAAUCACUGCCAGGUCCCUUCCGGGUUCUGUGUUCCUUCAGAUUUGUAAUACUGACCUGUUUUCAACACUUCAUUGUCUCUUGGAGUCCUUUGGUUAGAUUGCAUUGUGAGGAUUUCUCCACCUGCUCUCACGCCUGGGACUCUGAGAUUAAUUCAUAUAUUUAGAUAUUCAAAACGGUGAUGUUUCAUCUCUUUAUGUGAAGCCACCACUUUGAGCAUGAAAGCAAGUUAUUAGUGAUUAGUAUUUUUCUCAAGUAUGAGGAGAGCUUUUUUACAAGAUGGUUAACAAACUUAAACAAUAAUUUUAUGGCCAGAAUCCAACAGGAGCUGUUUUGAAAUUGUGCCCAAGUUGGUGAUGGUUGCUCUAACACUGAUAAAUAAAACUUCUUCUAACCACAAAGCUCACUGAUUGUAAAUGUAACACUUUUUUCUUCACAGCUUUAUAAAAUCGGUAACUAUUCUUGGGGGAGGAGAUACUCAUCCCUCAGGUCCCUGCCGUGUGGCAGUGGCAUGACCUGCGCGCAGAUAUACCACGCACAGUGUGCGCACGGACGGACCACACACAGCGCAGCUUCAGCCCAUCAACAAAUGGUCCGGAAACGCAUGUGCAUUUUGUUCUUACGCCCCUUCAUUCCCUCUGGUCCUCAAACAGGCAUUUCUGGGCCCUAAACUUAGAGAUCCUUGAAAAUGAAUAGUACCGGCCACCUUAGGGACCGUAUGUUCAGUGGGGUAGGUUAUUGUGGGCAUGUGCCUCAGUGGCUGGACCCCACGCUCUGGAGUCCAGGGGUGAACCUUGGAGACUGAUGGGUGGUCGUUAGAGUAGUCAGGCUUGCCACAAGGUGGCACUCACAGAUUUUGUUUUAUAUUCAUUCUUGAGAAAUAGGGUUUUAUAUGUGGUUCCUGAACAUAACUGGUGACUUAUAUUUCCAAAUCUGUGUAGCUGAUUUUGGGUCAUUUGGAUAGGGUUACAAGAAAAACUUCCUCUGAAACAGGGAGUAGGGUGCUUUCAUUCUCUUUCCCCGUGAUCCUCAUGCUAAGAGGGGAGAAGCACGUACGAGGUUAUGUAGGUGCAGUGGUUGCUGUGGGAAGAAGCAAUGGAUUCCCCAACAGAUCUUCCUGCAAAGCCCAGUAACAGAGCCAGCAGCCACCGUAGAGAAAGAAGCUAGACUGGCACAUGAGAUUUCUCAUCCUUCUCAGAAGUUACUGUGUAGAUUUGACUUUCUCUGAGUCAGCCUUUAGCACCAUUUCCUCAAGACUGACAAUGGUGACCUCAAAUGAGAUAUUUUAGGGCAGGCAUAUUAUAAAAGAGGUAAUUAUUGUGUUUUGCUGAUAGAAAAGCAAUGUAUGUUCAUUAGAAACGAGUCUAAAGAAGGAAUAAAAACCAUCCAUCUUCCCUCUGUUUAGAAAAGAGCUAACUUACUGGUAUGUCCAUGAAUUUCCUUUCACUAUUUAAAAAUGCGUACAAUACAAAUAAAAUUUAGAGUCAUAUAUAAAUACAGGUUGACAUCCUGUUUUUUCCUCCUCACUUAACAUGGUACCACACCACAAGUAAUUCAUUUCCUGUGCCCCUAAUCUUUGAAAGUAGAUUUCUAGUGGCUCUCCCAUAUUUUAGGUGUCCAUUCCCACACUGUUGAAAAUGCUGGUUGUUUCAGAUCCUUUGUUAAUGUCAGUGAUGCUGUGAUGAACUGUCUUUUGUAUAAAUCUUUGACUAUAUCUUUGAUAAUUUACUUAGGGUAGAAUCCUAGAGAUUGGAUGGGGUGGAGGGGGCUCACAUUGCUGGAGUGAGUAUCAGUUGAUAUCACCUUUUAUAUCAAGGGAACGGUUCUCUCUAACCCUUAAGCUCAUGUCCCAGUACAUUUGCUGAGCCUCCAUGUGAGCAGUAGUGAGAGGACGGGGUCAUGGCAAGGGCCUCUCUGAAUGUGCCCCCGUCAUUGUGUUUCUAGGCUUAGAGUCUUCUCUCUGCUUCCCCUUUGUCUCCCAUCCUUUAUUGACUCAUUUCCCCUUGUAGUCAAUGUUUUUUGGAAACACUGUUUAUUUUAAAAUAAAAACGUAAAAUAAAAGUUACAGACAGAUCUUUUUUGUGUGUACGAUACACAAGCAAUCAGUGAUUUGCUAUCCUAAAGUGAACAAGGCACAAUAUUCAGGGAUUUGUUGCUUUUUCAGAGUGCAGCCAUAAGUUACUUAUUCUUAUCCAUGUCACGGAUGGAGAUCAGGUGACAAAAUGUGUUCUGUUGAAAUAAAGCCAUUUUAAUCCCCCAUUUUAGACUCUUAGGAACCCAGCAGGCAGAAAGAGCUUUUGUUCAGCUUCCUUUUCUACCUGUUACUAUGGGGCCCUGACUUUUGACUAUAAUCUAAAUUCUUAGUCUACCUUACCUCUCUGAGUUUUUCAUUCAUUCAUUUAUCCUUUCCUCCUUUUUUUCCUUCAUCAUGUCUCAUCGUCAUGAGAGGUAUCACUUUUUACUUUUAAAGAAAAUUUCUUGGUUUGCUAGUUUACUAAUUAUUACAUAUUUUAAAAGCGUCCUUCUUUCUGAUCUUUUAUCUUUUCUGUUGCUCGGUGGCCAUUUUUGGAGUACCUGAUCCUUCAGGAAUACAGUGGGAAUCCGUUUUUCUUGGGUGAGAUAAGCUGAAAGAGGGUAUAAGAAUGACCUUGUUAUGAUGAACUCUUGAUCUGAAUAAUGUAAAUAUAAUACAUGGUCCCAGAAUACAUUUGCUUUGGAAUUCAGCGAUAUACGUUAGCUAUUCUCCAAGUCACCUCCUCAUGCUGAAGUCUUAUACCUUCUGCCUGUCCCCAGUCCUGGAGCAGUUUCGCAUCAGAUGAUGGCACAGGGCUUACAGGCAGCCAGGUAGCUUACUUGCUCAAAUGACCUGUCCCACCAGCCUGCUAGGAGAUGCAUUAGUCACUCGCUCCCCUUUGCUUGAGGCACCAAGGCCCUUGCUGUAAUGCUGGCAUGUGAUUUGGGAAGGUGGGAAGUACAUUAGACUAUUAUUUCCAUCUAACCAGGUCUGUCUGUGGCCCACUCUUGUUGGAGGUCCCUAGACACUGUGGGUAACUGAACCAAAUGGGUAAUCAUUUGGGGGAUAAUCAGCAACUGACUUCCUUGGCAUAUGAAUAGGGAAUGUCAAAGGACCUAGUUCACGAAUCCUGGGUUCCUCUUCAAAUAUAGUAUACACUGCUUUAAAAGGUCGUUUUCUGCUCUGAAUGGCGGUAAUUUCCUACCUUCCGGACUGAACCCAGAGCAUUCGCCCUCCUUCUAGCUUCCUUAUUUGUUAUCAAUUCUUGCAUUUUCCUUUGCUAAGUGGGUAGUCUGUUGCCUUUCUGCCUGCAUAAGCUCCAGAAGCUGCUGAGUUUGGAGUCAGCAUUAUUACAAGCAUGAUGUGUGGUCCAGAAUAUUCCUGAGUUGGAGAGCCUACUUAUGUUCUACUCCUGUUUCCCAAAGAUCUCCCUUUUCAGGCUUCAACAUGCUGGGGCAGAGUUGGGAUUCUGACUGUUCAGGCCACCAGGGUAUCCAUUAAGUCCUGGAUAAGAACCAAACAUUUUAGCUUAGUAAGCUAACAGCUGAAAAGAAAUGGGAGAUUAAGACAUGGGUAGUUUUAAAAGAGGUAUGUUUAUUUGGCUCAUGCGUUGAUGGGGGGGUAGCCCAUGGACUUUGCUUUCUAUUUUGCUUUUCCCUGUACUCAGUUCUGCCGUGCGUUGGAGGAUCAGAGAAACAGGCUGGUGAUCUAGGUUUUGGUUCUGGCCAUUAGCUGUGUAUCUUUGGACGAAUCACUUAACUUUUCUGGGCUGCUUUCUUUACCACUAAAGUCAGAAGUCGAGAUUAGACGUGCUAUAAGGACCCCCCUCGCUGGAGCAUUCUGCAGUACGUCCCACUGUUUCUUCUGUGGCGCUUUCCCUUGGGAGUUGUGUACCUUCUGGUUCGUUGCACACCCUUAUCCUGCCCCCCGCUCUGGGGACGGAGACUGCACGGAAGCCGGAUGCCACACCAUGCCCUCCUGGCCUCAUUGACGAGAGAGAGAAGCCCGCUUCCUCCGUCUGGUGUUGCACCUGGGGUCAAAAUACACUUCUCACCAGAGAUAUGCUGUGUGUGGCCCUAGGGCACUCACAUUCCUACUUAGUCCACUACUUAAAACAAGAAAGAAAGAAGAAAAAUCUUUAUCUUCAGCCGCAUUGCUAGCGCUGUAAGGUUUAGUAAGAGAUGAGCACAGAAUGGAAAUGGGGCAAGUUUGCCAAGUAUUGUAGAUGGGAAGAUUUUGAGAAAAAAGGAGUGUUUCUCAUUUUAAGGAUAGGAGAAAUUAAGACUAUACUAUAGAGGACUGAACAGAAUUAGGUACUUUACAAGGAAAACAUUAAACCAAUAAGUUAAAAAUAUUCUCUCUUUUUUUAUGUUGUCAUGACUGCCUUUUUGAGGGAUCCAGUGUUAACACGUUGUUAUCCAUCCAUAAGUCCUAAGACACGAUCAACUCACAGGGAGACUGGGAAGUUUCUGGGACCUGCAUCUUGUAUAACCCUGACUGGCCUUGGACUUUGUCCCUUUUACUUUUGUCUAGCCAUCAGGAAGACAGACGUGUGCAAAACGCAGUUUAUAUUUUAUAAGCUGCCAAAAGACAUUGCUCUGUAUAUAUAUCUGUUCCCUAUGACCUGACAGAAAAUACAUUUCCCAGUUCAUCCUUGUGCUUAGUUUCAGUCCCAAAGAGGGUGUUGGUAUAUUGGUAUAUUGGCUUUUCUUUGUUUAGCACAGAUUUAGACCCAAUAUGCUAGACUUGCAGCACUUUUUAUAAUAACCACCCAGAUGUAGACACGAGCUCCCAUUUUCUACCAAAUCAGGGUCAUUUUGUUGCUGUAGUUCCAGAAAAAGUAACCGGAUAGCCAAAAGGGAGACUAAAGUGUAUUUCUCUGCCCUCUGAUAGGUGAACCCUAACUUCAUCUAAAAUUCUGACAUCUUUCGUCAUAUCCCAUAGAGCCAACUCGAGUCCCAGCAAGCUAGCUUAUUAUUUUUUUAAUCAAAGUAUGUAUGUAUGGGCCGUGGAGGUUUGGUAGGCCUGAGAUGUAGCCACAUACAUGCAGCUUCCUCUGAGUUCUUGGAUACAAUGAGCAGGACUAAUGUGGGCUCCAAAAAGGGACAGGGAUGGCUUGGGGUUAGUUUUCCUUUUUUAAAUGUUAUACGAGUGCAGAGCAGUUGGCUGCCGUCCCCCUCUCAGACCAUCAGCAGAGCUUGACCUUGGCCAAGAUUUUGCCUCAUCCUCUUGGCAUCUCCGCACAGAGCUGCGUUCCAGCCGUGGAAUGCUUAACCAAAAACACAUGCUGUAGCGAUGGUUUCCAAAGAGCAAGUUUUUGCAGAAAGUCUACAUUGUGUUGUCUUCUCAAAACAACGGUUUUCUCUGAACUACCGAUCCAGUAAACCCCGGAGUGGUGAUUCUUUGACUCAUUUGUUCACAAGGGCUAGGAUUGUUGUUGUUGUUAAUAAUACUUUAUUGAAGCACAGCCAAAUGAACAUACAAUAAAGUACAAAUCUUAAGAGUACUGCUUGUGAAUUUUGACAAAUUGUAUGCACCCAUGUAGCCAUUCAGGGCUGGGGUUUCUUUCUUUCUUUUUUUUUUUAGCAACCACUCAUCACAGCCCUUUAUUGGCCUGGACUAGCUAUGCUGGACCCUCCCACCCAAUCCCGGGGCUAUGCUCCUUGGGGGCUCCCAGCUCCUGGCCAAGGACAGCCUAGCUCUUGUGGGCCCCUCAGCCUGCCCACAGAU